UCUUUCAAGGGUUUGCAAGAAACCAAAACAUCAAAUCAUCUUCUCUUUUCUUUUUUUUUGUUAUUAUCUUUGUGGAAAUAGAUCUAGUUUUGCUUAACAAAAUUGCAAUGGUUGCCUCUCGAAUUCGUGAGUAUCUGAAGAGGAAGUUGAUGAAACAGAUGCGGGGCUGAAGGGGAAAAACCGGUGGGGGUGAGGGUUCUUAUUUAUCAUCUUCCCCAGCGAUGAAUACAAUCCUCAAUGUGUUAAAUGAUGAAGAGAUUACGUUUCGACAAUCACCAUUUGGUAAGCUUGUUGAUAUUUCUGAGAAACCUUCUUUUGUCUGGAAGAUUUGCUAGAUUCUUACUGUCUAGGCAAUUGAAAGUUCGGAAAAAACAUGAAGCGUGGUUUCGAUAUGCUGGGAAACCGAUUUGUUUCUUAUUACGUGAGUUUUCGAUUGUAACCGGUCUUCUUUGUGGGGAAUUGCCCAAGAAACUGGUUGUGAAGAAGAAAAAAGAUAUAAACCUGAGACCUUAUUGGCCAAAACUAUUUGAUAACGUUGAAGAUAUGUUGGUAAGUAGAGCAGUGAAGAUGUUAUGGAAAAAGACAGUUGCAGACAGAGAUACCCAGAUGAAGCUCGCAUAUCUUGCAAUUGUUUCUUCUGUCUUGCUAUCAACACAUCUGAAGAUGAAGAUGAUGAAGGAGCAUGCUGAGUUAUUACGUGAUAUUGAUGCUUUCUUCACAUAUCCAUGGGGUUCCGGCUCUAACUAAGAUAGUUCAAGAAUCAUGUUCAUCAUCCGAGUCAGAUAGUGAAUACGAUGAAACAGAGUGUACCUUACAUAAGACUAAGAAGCACACACUUACUCCAUCCCAUGCUCGUGACGUGGACAAAAAAAUAAGAGGUUAUGGUUAGGAGCAUUAUCCCACAAAAUCCAGAACGUUCAGUUGAAGAGUCAUUACUGGUGUGGUCAGAUGAAGUUGUUGAUGCUAAAGUAGAGAAGAUGUUAAAGCUCAUAUAUGCUAAUCACGUCUUCACCAAGAGUAUGUUCAAAGACGGUGCGACGAAGUUAGAUGUAGAGAGGAUGCGUGAGCGAUUAAAAUGUGUGAGUAAAAGAAGGAAAAUAAAGAAAAAGUGGUUGCGCAUCCCGAUUCUGGGGUCAUUGAUGAAUCUAAAAUUUCAGGAGUUGUCCUUUCUAUUAUGAAACCUGAACUUGCGAGGAUUGAGGGAAAUGUUGCAAACGUCAUUGCUGCAAUGCCAGAGGUUUUCGGUUCUGCUAUGGCUUAUCAAUCAUCUGUACUUGGUUCUGUGGAUGCAAUGCUCAAGUCCAUUAAGGAGGAACUAAUUGAAUCUUUAAGGGAAGGAAAUAUUGCGGGUGUCGUGCAUCCACACCAAACCUGUGCACAAAGAGAAGCAAGAAGCAAUGCUCACAAUGUGGAGGAUACAAGAAAAGGCAUCGAAGCUGUUAAUGAUGCCAUCAUUCAUAAUGUUCUUGGAAAUCUAAGCCAUUACUCCACCCCACCCGCUGCCCAAACACAAUGUCCUGGGUCUGACGGGCAUUCCAAUCGCCAUCAGGGUCAUGUCCCUUCGUUUGAUUUUCGAGAUGGUCACCAUCCCCAACUAUCGACAGUGUCAGGCCAUAGUCAAACGAAAGUUCCGGGUGAAAGAAAUGUCUCACAAGGGAUAUCUCAGCGUGAAAACAUUCAAGUCCCUUCACAUGUUAUUGUAGCCGGCGCCACCUCCCAACCUGUAAAUGGGUCUGUGAACAGUCAAAACUCAAACAGGCCACAUCACAUGCUGCUGAUCCGAGCCCCAUAAUUCCAUCAUUUUCUUUGGGUUUGACCCAGGAGAAGGAAAAUGUAAUACCUGCUAGAGAUGUGGAUAUGUGUGAAAACGAAAAUAUACUGGAUGAGGAGCAUAUCAAGGGAAUCAACUUUGCCAUAAGGGCAAGCGUUUAAGGCUUGUUCCACCGAGCUUGGUUACUGAUUAUCAGUGUGGACCGGCCAUGAAAAACUGUGCACGUGAAGCCAAAUUGUAUGCAUGUAAUUCAUAUGAAGCAAGUGUUAUUGCCGAAAAGUACACUAAGCGUAGCUGUCUACUAAAUAAACCCUGUGCUAUCAACGUUUCUGGUCUGGCUGUUAUUGGAAAGGAUAUAACCGACAUUCCAGAAAAGAACCAUCCUCUCCCCGGAAAGAUCAACCUUCAAAACCCAAGGUGGUGGUGAUAUGGAUGCUAAGCCUGCAUUUCUGGAUAGUCGGUUUGUCUCUUUGUUUGCUAGAAAAUAUCCUAAGUUCUAGAAGGCCAAGUUGAAAGAAGACUACGUUUUUCUUACGGGCAAGGUUGAGACGUUGAAAAUGAGUUUCAGUGGCGGUAUCCAUUCUGAAUCAGCACUGGCUAGAGAUAUUCUUCCAAUUUCUUCGAUGUUCCCAUAUCUACUAAAGUAUGCCGGUCUGAAUAAUGGUGGGGAUGUAAAUACUCUGGUUGUGGAAAGAAUGAAAGGUGUUGCAACAAAUUCAAAUGCACAGAUUCCUGACUGACAUCAGCUUUGUUAAUCCAAAAUCAUGCCUUGUUUGGUCAAGAUUCUUGCAGCGCUAUUAUACAUGAAUUCCAUUUGAAACUGUGAAGAUGCUACAUGUCAUCAAUUCUUCACUACUUUCCUUAUGUUUAAUAUCUCAAGCACAUCUCAAGUACAAUUUUAUAUUUCCUCCUACGUUGUUGUUUACCUUUUAAGACUUUUUUGUUUCCUGAAAACUUAACUAUUCUAUAUUCCAAUGUUUUUAAUAUGCAACAACACUGGG